CCUCCUUUCCUUCUAUGUAGUCAGAGUCUUCCUUUGGGGCCUCUCUCAUCAUUUUCUUCAUCUUUAUUUCUUUUUUUUGCCCUCUAGGUAUCCAGCAUGGACUAUAACCAAAGCACCAGUGACCAGCCUGGGCAGCAACAGUCACCUUCUGCAAACACCCCUGAAGAUCUGUCUUCUCAGAAUGGCUGUGGGAGAGCAAGUGAGACCCUGCUUCCUCAGUCGCCUGAGAACGCAGCCCAGGCUGAGCCUGAAAUAAAAGUCUGUGAUAUAUCUGAGAUGCUGAGCCAACAGCUGGAGGACAUUCUUAAAACCUACGGGUCAGCUGCCUGUCUGGAGGAGGAAGGAAACACGAAAGCAACAGGCGGACCUGAAAAAGGAGAAUCGGUCAAUCCCGAAGAUGGGGACUGUGAGGAUGGCCACGAUGAGGCUGAGAAAGAACAGGUCCCUUUGGAGGAUGCCUCUGGAUUCAAAGAGGCCAGUAUUCCGAAAGAACAAAAACCGGAAAAGAAAAUGCUGAAAGGAUUAGGAAAAGAGGCUACCCUGCUAAUACAACAUCUGACCAAGCUGAAUACACCAGAAGAGAAAUUGGAGCUCUUAUUUAAGAAGUAUGCUGAACUGCUGGAAGAACAUCGUUCUGAACAAAAAAAGCUGAAGUAUCUGCAGAAAAAACAGACACAGCUCAUAAAGGAGAAAGACCAAUUACAGAGUGAACACAGCAGAACCAUCCUAGCCCGGAGCAAAUUGGAGAGUCUGUGUAGGGAACUCCAAAGACACAACAAAACCCUGAAGGAGGGGACUCUUCAGCGAGCAAGAGAAGAAGAAGAAAAAAGAAAGGAGAUCACAAAUCAUUUCCAGAGCACAUUGAAUGAUAUCCAAGCACAGAUUGAGCAGCAAAGUGAGAGGAACAUGAAGUUGUGCCAGGAAAAUACUGAGCUUGCUGAGAAACUGAAAAGCAUCAUUGAUCAGUAUGAAGUCAGAGAGGAGCAUCUUGAUAAAAUAUUUAAGCACAGAGAACUUCAGCAGAAACUGGUAGAUGCCAAGUUGGAACAGUCACAAGAGGUCAUGAAAGAAGCUGAAGAAAAGCAUCAGCGAGAAAAGGAAUAUCUACUCAAACAAGCUGCAGAAUGGAAACUACAGGCAAAAAUGCUGAAGGAACAAGACACUGUUCUCCGGGCUCAGCUGACCCUCUACUCUGAACGCUUUGAAGAAUUUCAGAAAACGCUAACAAACAGCAAUGAAGUGUUUGCCAACUUUAAGCAAGAAAUGGACAAGAUGACAAAGAAAAUGAAAAAACUGGAAAAGGAUACAGCCACAUGGAAAGCAAGGUUUGAGAACUGUAACAAAGCUUUACUGGACAUGAUUGAAGAGAAAUCCAUGAGGGCCAAGGAAUAUGAAUGUUUUGUAGUGAAAAUUCAAAGACUAGAAAAUCUUUGCAGAGCUCUGCAGGAGGAACGGAACGUAUUGUACAAAAAAAUAAAAGAAGCACAAUUCCCUGAAGAGAACAAAGAAGAGGAGGCAGAAGAAGAUGAGGAAGAAGAACAGCAAGCUGGGGUGGAGGAUAGUCUGGAGAAUAAGACUACAGUUACAAGUCAGGCUGUUGAUGAGCCAUCUGCCACCAGUGAAAUUAUCCCCAAAGAUUUGGCUACAGCUUUCAUGGUGUCUCAUGUGAAUAUGCCUAUGAUCCCAACCAAUGAAGAAAAAGUAGAAGAACUACAUGAGCCCAAAGUAUGUGACCCAAUUUCUCCUCCUGAGAUGAUAUUGGCUUCUUGCAAGCCACAAGGCAACCAGGAUUGCUGUAUUGAUCCAACAUCCAUGCCCAAAGCAGAGGAACCAGAGGGCGACACAGUAAAACUUGGUCCAGAUCAUCCAGUGUUGAAGCUCUCAAAUACUGACAUGGAAGAUGUUGAUUAGCAUGAUAUAAUGCAUAUAAUGCUAUAAUGCAUUUUUCCCCCCAAAAUGACAUUCUCCAAUCCUUUCCUAAACAUUUCUGUCUUUCAUAAUAAGAUGGCUUUACAAGUGUUUUCAAACCUGCUUCAGUUUCAUAGAAUACAGGUUGCUGUAUCCCAUGAUUACUGGUGGUGUUUGAAUUUGCUUUGUUUCUCAUUCAGGUAAACCCAAUAGCUUCUCUAACAUUUAGUAGAAUUAAGAGUCUUCAUUUCCAACGGAACUUUUACAAUAUGGAUAGGUCCUCCUAUGGGAAGCCUACUCUCAAAAUGCUCCAAAUAAAUUAAAUAAACAAAUAGUUGGGAAAAGGAAGAGCUUGGUGUGCUUGAGACAGCAAAAGCUACCAAGCCUUAAGGAUAAAAUUAAAAUGAAUUUAGAAGUAGUAAAAUAUAGUGCCAGGGUAGCAAGUCCUAAGCUACUGAUUAUAUAUAUGGUAUAUAAAUGAUUCAAUCAGUAUUUCUGACUGAAUUUAGCAAUCCUACUUAUUUGAUCUUUCCAGGGAUUGGGAUACCAAAUAAUAAAUAAGCAAAUAAAUAAUUUCUAUCAGCAAUCUAUUAACUGGACAGAGAUUUAUAAUCAUGUGGGCUAUAAACCAACACCACCAUAGAUUGAUUGCUGACAAUAGGGUUCAUGUAAUAUGAAAAUUACUAAGGUUAGAAUUUCAAAGUUCAAACAUUUGAAGCUUAAAUAGGCUAUCAUCAAAAAGAGAUAUUUUCAGAUACCUAUCGUACUAAAACCUGAGCUCCUUCCUACUUCUAGCAUUUCAAACAUAAAGCAUCUUGGCCUAAUUACCUAACAGUAAUUCAUCCUAUAAUUUUCUGCUACUUUCAUCAUAGUUGAGUCUUUGGAAAUGUUCUGGAUUUCUGAAAACAAAUCUUUUUGUUUUAAAUUCAUGCACAUUAACUUGGGAUCUGGUAUGAAGUGAUUUAUCAUAUAUUUUAUGAUAUAGAAUGACGGUGUGAACACUGAUCCAUGUCCAAGUUUAGAAUUGCUGCAUUUGCAUAUAAGGUUACAUCUCUAGUAAUAAAAUAUGACUUGAAAAAUAAA